AUGUGCACAGGGAAGUGUUCAAAGUGCAUUGGCAUCACCCUGCUCCCACUGGCAGCAUGUGCCAUAGUCUCCAACAUCCUCCUGUACUUCCCCAAUGGACAAGUUCUGCAGCUCAGUGAGAUAACCGAUCUUGUCUGGUUUUUCCAUGGCAUUCUGGGAGCUGGAAUACUGGUUAUUUUGCCGGCAUUCAUGAUGAUGGGAGCAGGCGGAGCAGGAUGUUGCGCUAACAGAUGUGGGAUGCUGCUCUCAGUGGUCCUGUCUCUGCUGGGAUUUGCAGGAGGAGCAUAUUGUGCAGUUAUCUCCUCUCUGGGGCUGAUUGGGGGCCCUCUGUGCAACACAGGUGAUGGAGAAUACCUCUACCCUUUCAGGAAUGACACUCUGGAGUGA